AUGGCCUCCACUACAAACAGUGGUUUCCCAACCAACUUCAUCUUGACCCCGCAGCAACAGAGCCUGCUCUACGCCGCUCUCAACUCCAACAAGCAGCAGCUCGCGAAUCAGUCUCCCACUACCAAGGACAACUCCAUGUCGCCUUCCUCCUAUCAUACUUCGCCGGCGCAGGGCGCGGCUGCCACAGGCUUCCAGGAGAGUCCCUACCUCGACAACUACGAUUACGACUUUGGUGACUCCAGCUUCGACUUUGACGUCAGCACCGUUGGCCACGCCAAGAUGAUCGGCGACAUCCCCGGUGGCGCUCAGUCGGCCAAGUCAACAAAAUCAGACUCCACUGAGAAUGAUGGGAACGACAAGAGAUCUCACCCCGACGACGAUGAGGAUGAGGACUCCCCUGGCAACGACGCAAAGAGGCGCGAGGGUAGUGAAAAGGCUCCCAAGAAGCCUGGACGUAAGCCGCUUACUUCCGAGCCGACUUCAGUAAGUUUGAAAGACCCUUCUAGCCACAGCCAUGCCUCUAACUCUUCCAAGAAACGCAAGGCACAGAACCGCGCUGCGCAGCGGGCAUUCCGCGAGCGCAAGGAGAAGCACCUCAAGGACCUCGAGACCAAGGUCGAAGAGCUCGAGAAGGCGUCCAAGGAUGUGAAUAGCGAAAAUAGCCAACUCAAGGCCAAGAUCGACCGCAUGACUUCCGAGCUCAACGAGUACAAGACCAAGAUUGCUGCAAUGAGCACCCGGUCUGUCUCACACAGCAAGUCGCCCAUGGGCUUUGGAGCUUCCGCCAUUGGCAACCUCAGUGAUGUCAACUUCCAAUUUGAGUUCCCCAAAUUUGGAGUGUUACCCGGGUCUCAAAUGCCCAGCAAGCCGGUACAGCCUACGAGAUCCUCCUCAUCGCCUCACCAAGCCAACGGAAGCAACCCUGUCAGCCCUCUCAACAACGCCAAGGACAACAGCCCUGGCAUUAUUGCCGGACUUGACUUUGGUGCCAAAGACGACCUGGCGAACUUCACAUCCCUUUUCAGCCCUUCGCUCGCCAACGGGUCAAUGGGCACUGGCACAUCCCGUGCCAGCGUUGACUCUGGCUCUUACACUAUGAACAACGGCACAGCGACGAGCUCACCAUCAGCGUCGUCUCAGUCAAACGGAGGCCCAAGCUCAUCUUGCGGAACUUCCCCUGAGCCCUUCACCCAGUCGCCAAUGGGCUUCAAACCUGUCGAUACCAUGACCACUAUUGGCGAGGAGUCUACUGGACAGCAGUCAUUGUUUGCCGGCAUCGAUACGAAUAAUUUUGACUGGCUUGCCCAGCAGAACGGUGGCCAGUUUGAUCCCCAGCUCUUUGGCGGAUACCGUGAACCUCAAGAAAAUAUCCUUGCCGCGACUACCUUUGACGACAGCUUCUUCAAUGAUGCUCUCGAUGCCGAUUUUAUCACACCCUAUAACAUGGCACCGAGUCCCAAUGUGCCCAAGAAGAAUCUCAUCGACCAGAUUGACGCGGCCAAGAACGCGGACGAUGAUGUGGUUAAGGAGGCCGUUAAGGCUGAGAACUACAACUGCAACAAGAUUUGGUACGAUACUCCCCUGCCAAAUAGCCAUGGACCCGAAACUGAUAAUUUCAACAGGGAGAAGCUGUCAACCUGCCCCAGGGUCCAGGCGGGCGAGUUUGAUCUGGACGGCUUGUGUUCUGAGUUGCAAAAGAAGGCGAAGUGUUCAGGCCAAGGUCCCGUGGUUUCCGAAACAGACUUCCAGACUGUCGUCGACAAAUGGAUGGGUAAGGACGCUGCCGCCUGCUUCUCAGACAAGGAGAAGAAUCGGGCCCAGGCCUAA